AUGGGGCGCGGGAAGGUGCAGCUGAAGCGGAUCGAGAACAAGAUCAACCGGCAGGUGACCUUCUCCAAGCGCCGCUCGGGGCUGCUCAAGAAGGCGCACGAGAUCUCCGUGCUCUGCGACGCCGAGGUCGGCCUCAUCAUCUUCUCCACCAAGGGAAAGCUCUACGAGUUCUCCACCGAGUCAUGUAUGGACAAAAUUCUUGAACGGUAUGAGCGCUACUCUUAUGCAGAAAAGGUUCUCGUUUCAAGUGAAUCUGAAAUUCAGGGAAACUGGUGUCACGAAUAUAGGAAACUGAAGGCGAAGGUUGAGACAAUACAGAAAUGUCAAAAGCAUCUGAUGGGAGAGGAUCUUGAAUCUUUGAAUCUCAAGGAGUUGCAGCAACUGGAGCAGCAGCUGGAAAGCUCACUGAAACAUAUCAGAUCCAGGAAGAACCAACUUAUGCACGAAUCCAUUUCUGAGCUUCAGAAGAAGGAGAGGUCACUGCAGGAGGAGAAUAAAGUUCUCCAGAAGGAAAUCCCUGUCCCUUCCCCACAGCUCGUCGAGAAGCAGAAGGCCCAGGCGGCGCAACAAGAUCAGACUCAGCCUCAAACAAGCUCUUCUUCUUCUUCCUUCAUGAUGAGGGAUGCUCCCCCUGCCGCAACUACCAGCAUUCAUCCAGCGGCAUCAGGAGAGAGGGCAGAGGAUGCGGCAGUGCAGCCGCAGGCCCCACCCCGGACGGGGCUUCCACUGUGGAUGGUUAGCCACAUCAACGGCUGA